CAAACCCAGCCGCGGGUGUCCAGUUGCGGCCGAGCUGCUGAGGUCGGCUUCUCCCUGCUCUAGGCCCGCUCUCAGACCCGCGCGCCCUGCUCAGCCAUGGAGCCGGCCCCCGACGCGGAGGAGGCGCGCACGGUGCGCGAGGCGCUGGGCCGCUACGAGGCGGCGCUGGAGGGCGCGGUGCGCGCGCUGCACGAGGACAUGCAGGGGCUGCAGCGCGGCGUGGAGCGGCGCGUCGCCGAGGCGCUGCGCCUGGCCGGUCCUCUGGCGCGCACGGUGGCCGAGCUGCAGCGCGAUAACCAACGACUGCAGGCUCAGCUUGAGCGCUUGACGCGCCAGGUGGAGGCACUGGGCUUGGCGACCGGGCUGUCCCCUGCCCCCGGCACGCCUGGCACGCCAAGCCCUCCGCCCGCGCCCAGCGUUCGGGACCGCGCGCCCCGCCUGGGCACCUCACGCUUCGCUAGCCACGCCACGUUCUCGCUGUCCGGCCGCAGCCAGAGCCUGGAUCACCAUGAUGAAGCCAGCGAGUUGGAGGUGAGGACCUCAAACUCGUGCAUCGUCGAGAACGGGCACCAGCCAGGGGCAGGGUCAGGCGAUGGACCCCCUGGGGCUGCCCACACCUUCCUGGCACCAGAGACCCCCAAGCCUCGCCCCGUGAGCCUCUCCUUGGGGCUGCCUCACCAGCCAGUCACGGCCGUCACGCGGUUCUCCGAGAGCUUCUCUGGGGAGACCUCAGCUGCAGCUCUUUCGCCCACAUCUGCCACCACCUUGGGGGGGCUCAGCCUGAACCCCAGUGAGGCCACCACACCCUGGAAUCCCAGUCCCAGCGAGAGGAACUCUUCUCUCCCACAAUUGAGCUCUGGCUACGCGGCAGCAGCUGCAGGCAGGAGCAAGGACAGCCCCCUGCUGGCGACCCCACCCCAGUCGCCUCCAUCCCCACAACCGCCAGCCACAACUCAGGCCUAUCGCCCAGGGGAGCGUCGCCGAGAGCUGGUGAGGUCGCAGACACUGCCCCGCACCUCGGGGGCGCAGGCCCGGAAGGCUCUGUUUGAGAAGUGGGAGCAGAACACAGCGGGCAAGGGGAAAGGAGAGGCGCGGGCAAAGCUGAAGCGGUCGCAGAGCUUCGGUGUGGCCAGUGCCAGCAGCAUCAAGCAGCUCCUGCUCGAGUGGUGCCGCAGCAAGACCAUCGGCUACCAGCAUGUGGACCUGCAGAACUUCUCCUCCAGCUGGAGCGACGGCAUGGCCUUCUGUGCCUUGGUCCACUCCUUCUUCCCUGACGCCUUCGACUACAGUGCCCUGAGCCCCAUGCAGCGGCAGAAGAACUUCGAGCUGGCCUUCACCAUGGCUGAGAACCUGGCCAACUGCGAGCGCCUCAUCGAGGUGGAGGACAUGAUGGUGAUGGGCCGCAAGCCGGACCCCAUGUGUGUCUUCACUUACGUCCAGUCACUGUACAACCAUCUGCGUCGCUUUGAGUGAAGCGCCUGGGGCCCGGAGAGCCAAAGAGCAGCCCCGGGAGGAGACUGUGGGGCUACUUGUGUUCCCCGAGCCGGGAUGGCCCCCGAGGCGCGUUGCAUUUUGGUGUGAGAGUACCAUUUGCUCUGUGGUGUGGGACUGCACGGCCUCCUGGCCAGCUGUGUUACUGAUUACAAGUGCCGCUGAGCUGAGCUCUGCGGUGAUCACAGCCGAGGGCUGGAAGGACGAGGAAAAAUCACCGGAGAGAGAGAAAUUGGUGCUAAGUAAUUAUCUUCCUUAAAAAGAAAAAAAACGCUUGUCUGUAGAUUCUGCAAGGCUAAAUCAUGGUUUUCCCUCUGGUGGUUUUGAUACAUUGGCUUUACAGGGCUACACUGAUUACCAAGUGUUUUUUAUCAAAAUACCCAGAGUUUUUUACUUCCUCACACUAUUGUAGGCUCCUUUCCUCCCUCCCUCUGAACCACAGCCAGGAAACAGAGAGAAGCUUAAUCAGCAGCAUGACAAAGAAGACUGAGGUCUUGGGAAUAAACAGUUUAAUCACUCCCAGGUCCUGGGCAACAGAUGACCUUCGAGUCACCUCGGCUCUCUGGGGAGAUGGGAAGGGUCUUGCCUGGUCCCUGAGUGCCCCUGGCCUUCCCGGGAGGCCCCACAAGUGUUUGGCUAAGAAUAGGCUCUUGUGAAGUUAACACUUUUGGGGAAGGACAGGCCCUUUGUGUGGUGAGGUUGUUUUUAUUCACAUCUUUUUGAGGAGCUUUGCUGCAGAUACUUAUAAAAUGUAACUCCAUCUGUACCACCAACCGUUUGUACAUAAAAAGAUGUGUUGAACUUC